AGCACGCGGGCGUGGAGGAGGUGGACAUCCCGUCCAAUUCCGUGUACCGCUACCCGCCCAAGUCCGGAAGCUAUUUUGCCAGCCACUUCAUCAUGGGAGGAGAGAAGUUUGACUCCACUCACCCCGAAGGUUACUUGUUCGGAGAGAACAGCGAUCUGAACUUCCUGGGGAACAGACCAGUGGCGUUUCCUUAUGCUGCCCCACCUCCCCAAGAACCAGUGAAGACUCUGAGAAGCCUGAUCAACAUCCGAAAGGACACGCUGAGACUCGUCAAAUGUGCUGAGGAAGUGAAGACCCCUGGAGAAGAGGCCAGCAAAGCUAGAGUCCACUACAACGUAGAGUUCACCUUUGACACGGACGCUCGUGUGGCCAUCACCAUCUAUUAUCAGGCCACUGAAGAGUUCCAGAAUGGUAUUGCCAGCUACGUCCCCAAAGACAACAGCCUACAGUCGGAGACGGUGCACUACAAGCGAGGCGUGUGCCAGCAGUUCUGCCUGCCCUCGCACACUGUGGACCCCUCAGAGUGGGCUGAGGAGGAGCUUGGCUUUGACCUGGACAGAGAAGUUUAUCCGUUAGUGGUCCAUGCUGUGGUCGAUGAAGGAGACGAGUAUUUUGGCCAUUGCCAUGUACUGCUGGGCACUUUUGAAAAGCACACAGAUGGAACCUUCUGUGUCAAGCCCCUCAAACAGAAACAAGUCGUAGAUGGGGUCAGCUACCUCCUUCAGGAGAUCUACGGAAUUGAAAACAAGUACAACACCCAAGAUUCGAAGGUGACUGAGGAUGAAGUGAGCGAUAACAGUGCCGAGUGUGUGGUGUGUCUCUCAGAUGUCCGGGACACCUUGAUCCUGCCCUGUCGCCACCUCUGCCUGUGUAACACCUGUGCGGACACUCUGCGCUACCAGGCCAACAACUGCCCCAUCUGCCGACUGCCCUUCCGGGCACUGCUUCAGAUCCGAGCCAUGAGGAAAAAAUUGGGCCCACUGUCCCCAGCCAGCUUUAACCCCAUCAUCUCCUCCCAGACGUCUGACUCGGAAGAGCAUUCAUCCUCAGAGAACAUUCCACCGGGCUAUGAAGUGGUAUCUCUUCUGGAGGCCCUCAACGGGCCCCUCACCCCGUCCCCCGUGGUCCCUCCACUCCACGUGCUUGGAGACGGCCACCUCUCAGGAAUGCUGCCCUCCUAUGGCAGCGAUGGCCACCUGCCCCCUGUCAGGACCCUCUCCCCUCUCGACCGCCUGUCUGACUGCAGCAGCCAAGGACUCAAACUCAAAAAGAGUCUCUCCAAAUCCAUUUCCCAAAAUUCUUCUGUGUUGCAUGAAGAAGAAGAUGAGCGUUCUUGCAGUGAAUCUGAAACACAGCUCUCUCAGAGGCCCUCGGCUCAGCAGCUUGGAGAGGAAUGUGGUGUAACUCCAGAAAGUGAGAAUCUUACCCUGUCGUCGUCAGGAGCUAUUGACCAGUCGUCUUGCACAGGGACGCCUCUCUCUUCCACAAUUUCUUCCCCAGAAGACCCUGCGAGCAGCAGUCUGGCCCAGUCGGUCAUGUCCAUGGUGUCCUCCCAGAGCCAGCACUCCCAGAUAAGCACUGACACCGUCUCCUCCAUGUCCGGCUCCUACAUCGCCCCGGGCACCGAAGAGGAGGGCGAGGCUCUCCCUUCCCCCCAGGCCGCCAGCAGGGCCCCCUCAGAGGAAGGAGAGAUGAUGCCAGCAGCAUCCCCAGACAGCAACUCUGUCAGCCUCGCUGAAGGGCAGGAUGCAGAGGGAAAUGAUGUUGUAGAGGAAGAGGAUGGAUCACCCGCACAAGAAGAUGGCCAGAGGACAUGCGCAUUUCUAGGUAUGGAGUGUGACAAUAACAAUGGCUUUGACAUCGCAAGCGUGAAAGCACUGGACAAUAAGCUGUGCUCUGAGGUCUGCUUACCUGGUUCCUGGCAGGACGAUGACAACAUUGUCAGUCGUCGGAACACACAGCGCCGGCGCUUAUCAUCUGGCAGCCUGGAGGACCCCGAGAGCAGGCCCUGUAUGUGGGGCCCUUUGGCCGUUUGAGGGCCCAGCCUGUGCCAGGGCUCCUCUCCGUCCUCGCAUUCCAUCCUGGCCUCAUUGGACCGCUGGCCUCGUGGGCAUCCUCAGCAAGACACAUGGAGACUUUUUAUACCUAUGUGAGAGCUGGACCUUGAGAUCAAUUGCUCCUUCUCCCAGCCUUGUCUCCUUCUAUACCCUGAUCCUUUCCCUCCCAGAAGGAACUGGAACCCUCCUUGCUCCUUGUGGGCUAAAGCCACUCAAUGAACUGUGGCUCAUGAGACCCUUUGCAAAGACUCUCUGGAAUGUUUCCACCAUAUGUUGGUCUUCAGGUGGAGCCAAGGUCCACAGGCUGGUGGUUUCUUGUGCAUCUUUUUUCUCCUGAGUGGGUAGACCAAGAUGAUUUGGAGUUUUCACGGCUUCAUUGCGAACACCCAUCUGGCAUUUUCAGGUCUCUGGGACAUCAUAACUGAUUUGAAACCUCCAACUUGGGGUGGGGUUGGGGGAUGACUCCUGUGAGAAGGGAAAGCCAUAUUUCACUCUAAGUGGAAUUUCCCUCAAAAAGCAU